AUGAUUAUGGCCCCAGCUCUAGCCUGGGCCGCCUUGUGGCACGCUUCCACAGCGUUACCUGUCAACGCGUUUGGCACCUCUGAUAGUACCUUCUUCUCGGUCGAGCCAGCCCCCCUGCUCCUCGUGGCCUGGGCCAGCACCCUCCCCGCCGACGACUCUCCCCUCGUAGCCGCGCGGUACUGCUGCGAGUGCGACAAGAUCUACAACUGCUGGGACGGCCCCUUCGUGCCGCACGGGGGCAUGCCGAACGACGAGGCCCCUCACUGGCCCAAUUUCGACUGCCCCAGCUACGUCAGCGACCAGGACCACUACUGCAAGCACAGGCCCCGCCGGGGCUGCGCGUGCAGCCUGCUCAAUAGCGAGCAGGUCGACGUGGUCAAGAUCGCGCCGCCCGGGGGUCCCCUCGGUGCGGCCGUGACGGCCACGGAGCGGGUCGACGAGGAGAUCCGGAAGGCUCUGGCCCGGGAGGCUGCGGAGGCCGAGGGUGUUGCCGAGGAAGCCGCUGAGGAAGCCAAGGAUGAUGGCAAGGCUAGUGGCGAGGGUGCUGCCGAGGGUGAGGAGACCAAGAGCGAGCCCAAGAAGAGCGAGGUCCAGAGGACUGCCGAGGAGUGGAUGGAGCUCAAGGGGGAGUUGCUUGAGUAUCUCAGGCUCUGGGGAGCUUGA